AUCUUUCUCUUUCUUCUCUACGCUUUGCCCUAACCAACCUCCACAGAUCUGUUACCUACAUUUUCAUGAAAUUCUGUUUUGGGAGGAUUCCAAGUUCUCUUGCAUUUCAUUCUCUGUCUCUCCCUAUCCACAACGUUUUUUUUUUGGAAUAAAAGCAUAACAAAUUGUGGUACAGUAGUUUCCGUGGUUGUUCCAUGAAGUUUUUUCUAACACUGAACUUUUGCAGGUGCCUCGCAUUUUUUAAGGCAUUACAAGUUGUAGAUACAGUUACUACGCAAUAUGGAGCUGAGUACUAUAAAAGAUGCUUUUGACCGUGUUACUAAGAAGCAAAAGUUAUCUUGUUCCAAGACUCAAGAAGCGAUUGAUCAGAUCAGACAGGAAAUUGAGAGUGUUUUAGAUACAAUUCAGUCAGUGAAUAACGCUGACCAUGAACUUGAUUAUAAAACCGUCAUGAAUGAGCUCAAGGCCAGUUUACUUAAAGCUGCUCCACUUUCUCAAAUGGAAGGUACACAAAAAGAACUAAAUGUAGCACUCAACAAGUAUGGAAAACUUCUUGAAAAAUAUUUCAAUCCUGAUAUAUCCAAGGCUUACAGAAAUAUCGACAUUGAUAUUCAUACAUUAAACCAAAUAAUUGCCAACCAUUUUUACCGGCAGGGCCUUUUUGAGAUAGGGGACAAUUUCAUGAAUGUGGUUGGAGAGCCUGAAUCUGCUGCCAUUAUGAAAUCCCCAUUCCUGGAAAUGUAUCAAAUACUUGAAGCCAUGCAGAAUCAGAACCUAGAGCCAGCCCUCAACUGGGCUGUCACUAAUAGUGACAAGCUUGAUCUAAGUGGAUCUGAUAUUGUGUUGAAACUUCACACAAUGCAAUUUGUGAAAGUGGUUCAAAAUGGAAGUAGAGAGGAAGCCCUUAGUUAUGCUCGAACACACCUUUCCCCUUUUGCUUCUCGUUACAUGACUGAGAUUCAGAAGCUUAUGGGUUGUCUUCUAUGGACUGGAAAGCUUGAUCGAUCUCCUUACCAUGCGCUACUAUCGCCAUCUAACUGGGAUAAGUUGGCUGAGGAACUUAAAAGGCAGUUCUGCAAUCUUCUGGGACAGUCCUACAAUAGUCCGUUGAGUGUGACUGUAGCAGCAGGCAUCCAGGUUUUGCCAUCUCUCCUCAAAUUUAUGAACGUCAUGGCAGGGAAGAAGCAUGAAUGGCAGUCCAUGAACCAGUUACCAGUGCCAGUUGAAUUGGACAGCGAGUUCCAGUUUCAUUCUAUUUUUGUUUGUCCCGUCUCAAAAGAACAAGCAACUGGGGAUAACCCUCCGAUGUUAAUGGCCUGUGGCCAUGUCCUCUGUAAGCAGUCUAUCUUGAAGAUAUCAAAGAACUGCACAAAAGUGUUCAAGUGCCCAUAUUGCCCCUUUGAUAUUGAUGCAGGACAAUGCAGGCAGCUAUAUUUCUGAUAUCGAUGGAUUUGUAUGAAACUCUUGUAUAAACUGAAUCAUGUGUUAGCAUAGGUGUAACCGUAUAUGUCGCAUGCAAAAAGCCAAUUCCUUGUUGUGAUGUCUGUAUUUUAAAAAUUUGUUGUAAAUAGAAAUUCUUUUUAAUUUGGAUA